GACAAGGUCUACGGACAGCAGCGGGAAGUGUCUUGUCCCCCCAUUAUCAAAAUGAGUCAGCAUUGAACUUCUAGAGCUUGAGGACUUGGGAGUCUUCAAGCUGCGAACACACGAAUCAAGAUAGUGGGAUCGCAUCGUUGGCUUUCAGUUUUCUGAAAACACUCGUCGAGAAUUCUAGCCGGCUUAGCUCCAAUAACUAAAUAUAGUUUCUCUUGUUCUGACGGAAUAUUAAGAAACUACAACCAUGAAGCUGUACUCUGUAUCUGAUGGACCGCCAUCACUUGCUGUUCGCAUGACGCUUAAGGCACUAAAUAUUCCCUUUGAACUAGUUGAUGUUAUCUUCAAUAACGGGGAGCAUCUAACGGAAGAGUACGCUAAGCUGAAUCCCCAAAAAGAGAUACCCGUCCUUGAUGACGAUGGCUUCCUUCUAUCAGAAAGCAUUGCUAUUAUGCAGUAUCUCUGCGACAAAUACGCUCCAGACAGUCCUCUCUAUCCGAAAGAUCCCAAACAACGGGCUCUUGUCAAUCAUCGACUCUGCUUCAACGGCAUGUUUUACUAUGCCAGCAUCGGCGCUCACUGUUUGGCUCCAAUGUUCUUUGAUUAUGAACGAACCCCCAUGGGGCUAAAGAAACUGAAUAUAGCAUUAGCUACAUUCGAAGAGUAUCUGAAACGGCUGGGAACAAAAUACGCUGCUGGAGAUAAUUUGACUAUUGGCGAUUUCCCUUUAAUGACUGCCACUCUCUGCCUUGAAGCUAUCGAUUUUAGCCUGGACGAGUACCCGCUAAUCAAAAAUUGGUAUGAAACUUUCAAAAACGAGAAUCCUGAUCUGUGGGCAAUUGCAGAAGGAGGUAUGAAGGAGCUCGCCCACUUUGAGAAGAAUCCACCAGAUCUAAGUGCGAUGACCCAUCCAAUUCAUCCAAUACGUAAGGUUAAUAAAUAGGAUUCUUCCUAAUAUAUCCCGCUCGCUCCUCCUCGGGGGUGAAUUUAUGCCCAUAUCAUUUGCAUACAAUGCUGUUUUGUAAUAUUCAUAAUAAAAUAAAAAGUAAGAUGAAAACUA